AUAGAAGAGUGUAUUAGCUGCAUAGCCUCCUAUUAAACUAAAACUUGGUUAUAUAUAGUGGAUACCAAAUUUUGAUUUUAUCAAAUAUGAAUCAACUCAAACGAUUGCGUAAAUCAGGGUCGAAAAAAAGCUUGGUAAAAAAAUAUAACGUUUCAAGUCAAAUUAUAACACGUUCUUUGAGCAAAAAAAAUAAGAUAUACUCUCACCAUGAUGAUGUUGAUGAUAAUGAUUUAUACGCCAAAGAUUUGAUGAUAUUUGAGCGUGUUAAUGAUGAUUGCCUGGCUGAAAUAUUCAUGCAUGUGCCAGUAUGUGAAAGACCAAAAAUUGCAUUGGUAUGCAAAAAAUGGAAGAGAAUCUUUGAUGGUUCUUGGUUCAAUGUCAAAAAACUUGAACUAACUCAUUGGGAAUAUGACGAGUAUCCACAUUUUUUAAAGAGAAAAUAUCCAAGAAUCAAUGAACAAUUCAAGUUUUUAAAAUCACUGCUCUAUAAAUGUGGUCGUUAUUUAAGAGAAUUAGACAUGUCAGCCUAUGGUCAUUGUAACAUAGUGCUAGUUAUUAAUAAACAUUGUCCAAAUCUCGUAAAACUUCGAAUAAGAAUCAAUAAUAUUGAUAAUGCAAUAUUAGAUAAUGCAUUUUCACAUCUUUCUAAACUGAAAGUAUUGAAAAUUAUAUUUCAUGGUUGUUUUCAUGAAUUACAUCCACCAGUACCUAAAACUUUAAUUAAUUCAUUGUUAAACGUUGCUGAUACAUUGACUGAUCUCAAUAUUUCAAAUUGGCCUGCAGUCCUUCUUGAAACGGCUCGUUUUCCCGAAGAAAUGACUAGUGUGAUUUCUCAACUAAAAGCCUUAAGAAAAUUUGGAAUUGCUGGUAUAGACUGUCCCAAAAGUUUAUGCAACUAUUUGAAGAAUUCUAAAACAAUAAAAAGCAAUAGUGACCACGCUUGUUACAUUAAAAUUAAAAUUGAUGUUAGGGAGAGCAUUGAAAGAAUCGAGGAAUUAGAUAUCCUUGGUUUGCAAAUUUCCGAUGAUGGUAUAUACGCUAUUGCUAAUACUAUGAAACAAUUACACACACUAGCUGUAUCAUGUUUAUUGCUAACCGAUACUGCUAUCGUUACAUGUUCAAAGAUGAAUAAUUUAAAAUUUCUUCAUCUUGACGGCUUUAAUAAUGUCACUGACUCCUCAAUUAAAUUGCUCAAAAAUUUAACACAUUUAAAGUUACCAUUCAGCAAUAAAAUUACUGAUGAAUCAGCCAUUAAAGUUCUUGAAAAUUCACCAGACAUGUUUUUUUAUUGCGUUAGAGAAACAGAUAUAACUUAUAAAUUUAUCGAAAAAGCAGCAGAAAUAUCAAGAAAUCGUGAAAAUGAAUUGAUAGUACUUACUACACUAGACCCUGAUUUAUCUAACACACAAUUAAAAAAUGAAUAUUUAACAGUUCAUUAUGUUAAAAACUUGGUACAAAAAAAUGAAAAUUAGUUGAUACAUAUAUGUAUACGAGAUUGAUAGAAAAUUUUACCAAUAUAGUAUAUAGG